CCAUCGCUCAGCGCAGGGGUGGUCAAACAAGCAAGUUAUUGAGACCAAAAGCCACCCGGAGUAUGAGUGUGUAUUGGUGGCUUGAGCUCUUCCCAUACCAACCCCAGACAAGGAAAGGUUUACAGCUGGCUGUGGUGCAGCAAAGCGGUCAAGUUGCGUUUCUACAAGUUUUGCCUCAUAGCUACACCGUGCCACAACUUUUCGCCAACACUUUAUAAAACAUUCUCCAAUAUUUAACAGGGGCAUGUGUGUCCGCCCCGCACUUGGUAGGUAGGGGUCCUGCAACACAUUCCCUUCUCAAAACAAGCAUCAUUACUAGAUUUGCUGUCUUCUCAUGGGAAACUGUGCCUCUCGACAAUGGACCAAGAAAGAGUCC